CAAGACAUGGCCGAUUCCAGCAUCUGGCGGCUUCGCUGGAACAGGGCCAUUGCUCAGGGGACUGGUUAUCUGCUUGUCGCUAUCGUUUGCAUGGCGAGCGAGCUGCUGAUUUGGGGCUUGAGUCAGACGCUGGCGGCGGCGAGGUUGGAAUUCUUCUCGACGAUUGUGGGCAUGGCGGUGCUUUUUGCGUUGAGCACGACGAGCUGGGUGAUGUGGAAGAAGACGGACGACUUCUAUCGGAGGUGGCUCAAGACAAGAGUCGACUUCAUCAAUGCCCACCUGGGGGCGGGAUUCUCUGUUCCCAUGAUUAUGCUGGACCAGGACGAGAUGCUCAAUGGCGGCGAGAUUGGGCGCGUCAUUGGCUCAUUCAUUGCAACCAACAUUGUAUCUUGGGUGGCUGUAUUCCUCCUCUCCGUGGUGGUAAUUGGUGGAGUCACAAAACUAACCUCGCAGCCGCCCUCAAGAAAAGGUUCAAUCUGCUCCAAGAAGAGUAUGGCCCCGUCGUCAACAGAUGAUGGAGCCAGCUCAGCCGAGUUUGAAGACGAUGCUCAGACCAAGCGAAGCAGAUUCAGCCAAGGUGGUUCUUCCUCCUCCCCCUCUAUCCCUAGAGCUACCGACACUGAGAAACAAACGCCCGCUCCAGAUCAAAGGGCCCCAAAUAACGAGCAACCCGAGCCAUGUUACGACGACGAAUCCUCGUCUUGGAGUUUCUUUGCGAGACACUUCCCGGUCCUGUUGUCGCUGACGCUCGUCUUCACUGUCGGCAUACCACUUACCAUUACCAUGCACGAGGAGCGCUUUUUCGACGGCUUCACUUUAUGGUUUAUUUGGAUAUCCUCCGUCCGAUCGCAGAGGGCUUUCAAGAAAUCUCAGAUAUGCACCUUCUCCACCCCCCUGAAGCGAUGCCUAGCAACGAUGAUGAAUCCCGUCCUACUAACCACCCUCCUCAUGACGGGAUACACGAGAGCCAAGGCUUCUGUCCUAGGGCCUGGAGGCCUUGCCAGAACAUUGAGAAAUUUUAGCGGAGGCAGUCCUCUCUACGCUCUUUGGACAUCUGCCAUCAGCGGCAUACAAAUACCCGCCAACCCUUCAGGCUGGUUCGGCGCCGGCGAUGCUGCGCUCUCCAUACUCGAGUGUGGUAUUCUUAUAUGGGGUUUCAAGCUCUCGGAAUGCCGCCGCCAGAUUUUCAGCACUGCCGGCCUCCUCGCCAUCAUACUGUGCACCAUUGCCGCAGCGGCAAACACGUUUCUCUCUGUUCUCACGAGCCAUGCCAUAGGCCUUCGCGCCUCUGAAGCGCUCAGCUUCGCCGCCCGCAGCACAACUCUUGCCUUGUCAAAGCCUGCCACGGAGGCAAUUGGAGGGAACAGCCCUGUGAAUGCAAUGCUCGUGGUGAGUAACGGCAUUUUAGGGCAGCUGCUGUACCCCUUUAUCCUGGACAAACUAGGCGUGAGCAAACACAGCGACGACAACGAUAUAGUCGUCGCAGAAGCUACACCCAUCUCAUCGCCUCUCAUCGACAACGCUGUCUCUCCCACCACUGGUGACAGCUCCAUCUCACCUCCCCUAGCCCUAAUUCCCAAGUCACGGCAUCACAGCACUUCAACAACCGACAGCCCUGUCACUGUCGCCGCAGGUAUCGCCAUCGGCAUCAACGGCGCCGCCAUGGGUGUAUCCUAUCUCUAUGAAACAAGAAGCCGUGCAGCACCAUACGCAGCCCUCUCCAUGAUGGUCUUUGGCGUCAUGACGGUGGUCUUUACGACCGUGGAGCCAUUCAAGAGCAUGCUCAUCAGUCUAGCGAGUCGGUGA